AAUUUACACACAUGCAUAUACAUUCACACACACAUGCAAUCACACAUACUCAAAUACACACAUGCACUCCCUUACACGGGCUUGCAAACUCAUGCUUACUCUUUUUCACACACACACACACACACACACGCACACACAUCUCCCCAGUAUAGCUAGUAUUGUUCCUAGGUACAGCAGCCUGCCUGUGUCAUCCUUCUGGUUCUGCUGCACCCGGCACCACCUCCGCAGGCGCCCCGCUGGGCUGCCUUCAUGGCUGAGACAAAGUUUGCCAACCACAGCCAUGCCGCCCUGAACAGGAGAACUGUCCAGCAUGCCCUGAGUUAGGAUGUGACAACCCUCUUCUCAGCACUAAAAAUGGGGACACAAGGUGUCACAGCAGGACAGAACAUUUGCUGUCAGGAUGCUUCAUGGUAUAAGAUUAAGACUUAUCAUUUAUUGACUACGUAAGUGUCUACAUGACAGAUGCUCCUACAGCUUAUUUUAUUUAAUUUUCACAACAACCACAUGAGGUCUUGAUCCAAGUGAAUUUAUCUUCAACCUGCCAAAUGUCAUCCUGAUAAACUCAGGGCAGCACCCCAGCUUUUAGAGAUCAUCGUGGAUUUGGUCACUGCCAACUGCUGGUUUAGGUACCCCACCCAGCUUCACACUCCAAUGCUAACAUCCAGAUCUGAGUAAGAAGAAUGAGGAGGAGGAGGAGAGAGCAAAGGAGAAGACAAAUACAUAAUGAUGAGAAAGAGAGGGAAGAUGAAAAAAGGAAGGGGAGACAUAAUAAUAGUAAAAAGAAAGAAAAGGUGGAGAGAAAAUGAGGAACUAUCUGGGCACCUUUCAUCCCACCCAGGACCCGCGAGGGUCACUGCUGUUGCUGCAUCAGCACCAUAUGGAGUAAGGUCAGAGAGGCCAGGGCACAGGAUGUCCUCCAGAACCCCAACAGAACAAGGGCCAGAUCGAAGUCCCUCAAGGUGGAAAAUGACAUGAGUCUGGCUUCCCCUCAUGUCGGUCUCUCCCUUGCCUACAGACUCACAGCCUUCCGCUUACUCUAGGAUCAUUCCCAGGGUCAACAUCAGAUUUGAGUCUCACCCACCUCCAGGCUUCAUCCCCAAUGCCUCUCCCACAGCACCUCAGAUGGGGGAUCUCAUUCCAGGUCACACCAUGCCCUGGCCAGGGCGUUCUCUGGUCAGGGCCCUGAGCACACACAGCAGCCCAGCGCUGCCUGGCUCCUGCUUUCCUCCAGGGACAAAAGCAAGUUUAUUAAGAAAGUAAAGUGGUUAAAGUACAGCUACUCCACAGAGUGGGACGUUCCCAAAAGUAACAGGAGUAAAGCCCCCAUCCUAGGUACAAUGCUUGUGUAGAUGGGGAGAUGUGCUCUGCGAAGGAGUAAUGUUAGGCAGGGACCUAGACCCAACAUGGCGGUACCACCUGACAUGGCCGACCCCUUGUGAGGACUUUACCGGCUGGGAUUUCCUGCCAGGACUUUUCAGCGCCAAAAGCACCCUGAGCCCGCCAAAACUCCCCACUCUGCGCAAACUCCUGGACACCUCAUUCCUCAGAGAUCCAAACCUAACUCAGGAAACCGAAACCUACAGACCCCGCCUACCUCACCCUAUAAAAGGCCCCUGAUACCGGCCGCGCCCGCAACUUCCUCAGCCCUCGCCCUAGGGGACCGGUGAACCUCCACCGCCAGCCCAAUAAAGGCUACCUCUGUUCUCAUCUGCCUCAUGUCCUCUUGCUCUGCUCCCCAUUACAUUACAUUGGUGCCCAAACCGGGAGGAGACCCCUCCCCGGACCCCUGCCUGUCGGGGCAGGCUCUCCUCUCCGGGAGCCAGGACCUCCUCUCUGAGCUGGGAGUGGUUUCUCCAAAUCCAAGACUCAGUUCCAUCACUCCUGGGUAAGUUUUCCCCCGGCCUGCAGGCUCCAGGAGUCCCUGCCCGAAAACGCCGCCCUGUCAGGGCUUCCCUCCUCCUUCACUUGUGACCUCGGCACCAGGGACUAGGAGACAUCCGACCUCCCCGGAAGCCGUCAUACCCCACACUCCUCCUGGCAGUGGGAGGACGCUCCCAUUGCCUCCGGACUGCCCGCCUCAGGAUCAUGGGGGCUGCCCAGUCCAAACCAGACCCAAAAUCCCCUCUGGGGUGCCUCUUGGCUAAUUUCCAGACUUUAGGUCUCAGCCAAGACCUAAAAGGAAAGCAGCUUAUUUUCUUCUGCACAGUGGCAUGGCCCCAGUAUAAAUUAGAUAAUCAGUCUCAGUGGCCUGCAGAAGGCACUCUAGACCUGAACAUCCUCACACACCUGACCAACUUCUGCAAGAGACUAGGCAAAUGGUCCGAGGUAGCCUACCUUCAGGCCUUUUGGGAUUUGCGCUCCCGCCCAGACCUCUGUGUCCGAUAUUCGUUGGCCCAGGUCUUACUCGCGAAAUCUACUCCCUCAAGCAAGGAGAAGGACGAUUCCUCCUCUUUCUCUGAGCCCCCUGAUACUCUUUCCCUGACCCCGCUUCGGUCCCCCACUCAACCUCCCCCUUACUCUGACCCCUCAGCUUCUCCGUCCUCGUCGGCGCCACCCCUUCCCUCCACUCCUCCUGUGUCCCCACCAAACCUGACGGACCCUGUCUCUCCUACCUUCUCCUCCUCCUCGCCUGUCUCAGCCCAUACCCGGUCCAGGACCCACCUCCUGUGCCCCUUGCGGGAAGUGGCAGGUGCCAAAGGAGUGGUCCGGGUCCAUGUGUUGUUUUCGCGGGCAGACCUGUCUAAGAUUGAAGAGUGUGUAGGCUUUUUCUCAGCCAACCCCACUCUGUAUAUCAAAGAGUUCAGAUACCUAUGCCAGGCGUAUGACCUCACCUGGCAUGAUCUUCAUGUCCUUAUGACCUCAACCCUGUCCUCUGAGAAAGGGGAGCGUAUCCUAGCGGCAGCCAGGCAGCAUGCUGACCAGGUUCACUUAAUUGACCCCGCCAUGCCAGUCGGCACCGAGGCGGUGCCCUCAGCCAAGCCUGACUGGGACUACCAGGUUGGGCAGGCAGGCCACCGCCGCCGAGACAUGAUGGUCCAGUGCCUUCUUGCUGGCAUGCAGGCAGCCUCCAUUAAGUCAGUCAACUUUGACAAAUUAAAGGAGGUAGUCCAAGGCUCAGAUGAGAAUCCGGCCGUUUUUCUUAACUGACUGACUGAGGCACUCAUUCAGUACACCCGCCUUGACCCUGCCUUCCCCGCAGGAGGAAUGUCUUGGCUACGUACUUUAUUUCUCAGUUGGCUCCGGAUAUCCGGAAAAAAUUUAAAAAGGUGGAGGACGGCCCUCAAACUCCCAUCCAGGAUUUAGUCAAACUGGCCUUCAAGGUCUACAGCUCCAGGGAGGAAGCAGCUGAGGCCCAGCGACAGGCCAGGCUAAAACAGAAGGUACAACUCCAAACCCGGGCCUUGGUAGCAGCCCUGAGGCCCGCUGGCUCCAGGAGCUCUCAGAGAGGAGGUACUCCCCGAGCGCCACCUGGUGCCUGCUUCAAGUCCGGCAACAAAGGCCACUGGGCCAAGCGGUACCCCAACCCUAAGGAGCCAACUCGCCCCUGUCUGAGCUGUCAGCAGAUAGGCCAUUGGAAGUCAGACUGCCCCAACCUGAAGACAGUCGCUGCCCCAACCUGAAGACAGUCGCUACCCCUCCACGUGACGACCCUCCUCCAGGUACUGGAGGCGUCUUCCAGCUCCUCGACACCGACGAAGAUUGAAGAGGCCCAGACUCGGGAACCCCUCUUACUCUCACCGAGCCCAGGGUUAUGCUCCAGGUAGCGGGCUCCUACCUCCCUUACUUAACCCUCCUUCGUGAGCUUCUGAGAAAACACGCGGACCGGUGUCUCCCUGCACCCGCUUCCCCAGCCCUCGAGAAUCCCGCCAUCGUAGCACCUGGAGACCUGGUCCUGGUCAAGCAGCUGCAACCCCGAGCCUUAUCUCCACGGUGGGAAGAACCAUACACCGUAAUCCUCACCACUCCCACCGCUGCCAAGCUCCUUGGUCUUUCCUCCUGGUAUCACCUGUCCUAGCUGAAAAAGCCGCCCACCCAACAUGAUUCCAAUUGGACCACUCAGGUUGUUACCCCUACCAAGUUACGACUCACGCGCGCAGGUAACGACCCUCUGCCUAACCUUCCUUGGCCACCUAGUCCUCCCGAGUCUAAGUGAGACUCCUGCCCAAACUCCCCCCACCAAUCCAUUCCAGUGGAGGUUCUACCUUACCGAGACCUGGACCCAGGGAGAUCGCAUGAGCCUCCCUCACCAUAGCCAUGGUAGACUGCCAGCCUCAAGGGUGCCAAAGCCAAGUAACCUUUAACAUAUCCUCCUUCCAGAGUAUCCCCCAAAAGUACCCCCCUCCAUACCCAGUCAUUUGUUUCAUAUAUGAUCAGACGAACGAUGCCUGUCAAUCCACUUGGGUUGAGACCAGUGGAGGCUGCCCUUGUCACUACUGCAACAUGCACAAGACCAUUCCGGACGACAAAGAAAUCCUCUGGCAGCAGCCCACUUCCUCUGUGCGACUGACUAUGAGUGACAAGUAUGACAAGUCUACAUUCUUCCUCACCAUCCCUGACCCUUGGGACUUGAGGUGGGCGUCGGGGGUUGAGGCCCGCCUUUACCAAGGGGUCCAUGACCUUUACCCCGUGGCCCGACUCAGGAUCUUUAGGGUCUACAUCAGGGUCGUAAGCAGCCUUGUCAGCCUGGCCUCUGACAUCAAACAACAGGAGAAAGCCAUCUCAGCUAUAGCCAACCCAGGCAUCAAGCCCCAGGACAGCAGCAACCCUUUUUCAUGGCUAACCUUAGUCAGGGAAUGGGCUCAAGUAGUACACAUGGCCGGAGUACACAUCUCUCGUUGUUUCCUGUGUGCAGCCUUGAAUAAGCCCCCACUGGUUGUGGUACCCUUAGCCAGUCCUUUUAACUCCUCUAACCUAACCCUCUGCUUUCCCCUUCCCGGCCGAACCGUGGGAGAGGUCCCCUUGUUCCAAGACCCACUUAGGCAACAACUCCCCUUUUACUACUCCACCCCCAAUGCUUCCUGGUGCAACCGGACAGGAUCUGCACCUCCAAAUCUAACCACCACUCCAGGUAGCAAUCGAAGCUUCUGUGGAGUCCUUGGCUUCCCUCCAAUGGCAGAUCACCUCAGUCGCCCAGGUGGCAGCCCAGAACCAUCGGGCACUCAACCUCCUUACAGCCGAUAAGGAUGGCACCUGCAUAUUCCUCAAUGAAGAAUGUUACUGCUACAUCAAUGAAUCAGGACUAGUAGAAACCAAUCUCCUCACUCUAGAAAAGAUUCGGGAAGGACUCCACCAGAGAAACUUCGGAUUGGGGCCCUCAUUUGGGUGGUGGCAGUCAUCUAUAGCCAGUUGGGUCCUACCCUUUCUAAGCCCCUUACUAAUCAUUGGCUUCUUGCUAUUCAUAGCUCCCUGUGUCCUCCGCUUUGUCCAGGACCACAUAAAGGAAGUCUCCCGGGUCACUGUCAAUCAGAUGCUACUCCACCCCAUACCCAAGUUCCGAUCUCCGAAGAACCCCACAAUGACCUAUACCAGCAGGAAGCAGCCAGAUGAACAUGUCGCCUCUUUUUCUUAUUAGAAAGAGGUCAGAAUGUUAGGCAGGGACUUAGACCCAGCAUGGCAGUACCACCUGACAUAGCGGGCCCCUUGUCAGGAGUUUACCUGCUGGGACUUCCUGCUAGGACUUUUCAGCAUGCGAAAAGCACCCUGAGCCCGCCAAAACUCCCCACUCUGCACAAACUCCUGGACAAGUCAUUCCUCAGAGAUCGAAACCUAUAGACCCCGCCUACCACGCCCUAUAAAAGGCCGCUGAUACCUGCCCUGUGCGAGACUUCCUCAGCCCUCCUCCUAAGGGACUGGUGAACCUCGCCCAUGAGCCCAGUAAAGGCUACCUCUGUUCUCA